GUUGUGGUUCAAUCGAGGACACAUUAUGUUGCUAUAUACACAUGUCAACGCACACAAUGUUUGCUAAAUACUGGCUACUCUGAGUCAGAUUAUUGAUCGCCUUUGUGUAUGUAUUUUUGCUGUGCAGCCGUUGUUCACAAAUUCAUUUCGCGAUAUCAUAUAUUAUGCACCUUUUCUUCUUGUUGCUCUCUCAUUUUCUUUCUUUCUGAAUGUCGCUACAGGUGACAAAAAAAAAGAAGAAAAGAAGAGCCAGUGGAAUUGAUUUGAGGAAGAGCUGUGACGUCACCGCACAAAAUAGUUAGUUUACAGCUGUUCGUCAGCAGCGGCGAGUGACGGGUGCUAUUAUCAGCUCGCGAGAGGGCGCUUGUGUGACGGACUGGCGUAUCGGUUUUUGCUCGUCAUUCAGUCAGUCUUGUGUGCACUGCUCCGUGUAGCAGACGUGGAUUUUAUUCGCUGGCGGGAGAAAUGUAGCGUACUGGAUGAAAACAAGUGGUGUUCCUAAAUGGAGACCGCUUCGGAUAAUAUGUGUGAACAACGCGCGGUAGAUUCUUGUCUCACAGGAUGAAUUAGGAUUGUGAAGGAUAUUCAGAAAUGAAAUGUGUUUUUUCCGCGAGGUGGGCGGAGGGAGGUCUGGGAAUAGUGCUGUUUCUCCUCGUGUCGCUGGGCUCCCUGGGUUUGGGCGUGGCCUGCCCGCGGGCCUGCUCGUGCCCCCAGCACAGCAAGAACGUGUACUGCUCUCGGAAGAACCUGCCCGCGAUACCGGCGGGGAUUCCCUUCAACACCAUGCAGCUGAACAUGAACGAGAACAAGUUCCAGAGCCCGGUGCUCUCCAGGAGGAACCUCUCCAACUUGGAGAGUCUGGAACAUCUCUACAUGAGUAACUGCGGCAUCGAGACCAUCACCCUGGACACGUUCUCAGACCUCACCAAGCUGAAGUGGUUGGAUCUGAGUGACAAUGAAAUUCGCUUCAUCGCCGACUUCACGUUCCGCGGGCUGUCCCUGGAUCACCUGUUUCUGGACAACAACCCCAAGACGGAGACCGCGGAGAAGGACUCGUCAUUGCAACUUUCGGCCAGUGCGUUUUCCGGACUCACAACCAUGGGCCUUUACAUGCACAAGUGUCGCCUUAUCAGCCUGUCUCUCGAGGUAAUGUUGCCGCUGAACGGAUCGCUAAGAGCGCUGUGGUUAGACGACAACAUGUUCGAAACAUUUUCGUCCAGGUGGUUGAAUAAAUUCAAGUCGCUCAGCCACUUGCGACUGGGGAAGAACCCUUUCCAUUGUAAUUGUGAACUAAAAUGGUUUUAUAAUUUCUAUAAAAGUCACUCAUCAGUAUUUUCAGGGGGCGAUCCCCCGUCGUGCGCCAGCCCGGUACAUACAAGAAAUAAAUUAUUUUCUGACGUGGUAGAAGACGAUUUUAGGUGUGAAUUGCCAACGUUCAAAAAUGUAGACAUUGUUUUUGACAUUGAGUGGAGUAAGUUAAACUGUAGUGCCAGUGGCGACCCUACCCCUACCCUCUACUGGGUCCGCCCUGACGGUACCACAGAGACAUUUUACGCCCCGGAGAACGAAGAGGCGAAGGACAACGAGGGCAUCAUGUACAUCACCAGCAGUCACAACUACGACAGCAGUGACCGGUACAAAUGCGUCGCCAGCAACCCUGCUGGAAAUGUGACUUUUUCCUUGAAUGUCGUCUGGCCGCCUCGCGCGAAGCAGACGACGGAAUCACUGGUGCCGACGUCUUCCGGUGUGGCCCCUGUCAUACGAAGCCACGAUGUGCUAGGGACGCGCGAUUCGUUUGGCUGGAAGGCCAACCAGCCCGAGAUGAAGAUGGGUGUGAUCGCGGGCCAGGGGUCGGAAAACGACUUCACCAUUGUGGACAUCGUGGGCGCGGUGGUGGGUACAUUCCUCUUGACUUUGUUGGUCUGUGUGGUGGUGUUCCAUUUUUACUACAGGAGGCGAGAGAGGUUAAGAAAUGAGCAGAUUGACUUCCAGAAAGACAAAAAACGGAAUAACCUGUAUAUUAUGGCAGAGGCCGACGAGAACUGUGUCAAGAUGAUUAAUCACUCGAAUGACUGUCACAGCUGAGAUUAGGUCUCACCACCACAAAAAUUGUUUCAUAUUAUGUCUCAUUUUCACAACUGAAUUCAGGUUGCUCUGUGGUAAAAAGUACCCGCAGAUACAAUAGGUUCAUUUCCAUCGCCAAGUAACAAGUAACUCCGCUUCCACUCACGGGGAUUCGAACCUGGAAUCUAACGAUCGAAAGUCCAGAGCUUCUACCAACAGAGCUAAUGGUGAAACGACCACCGAAGACGGCCUCUGAAUAAAUUAAAUUCUGGGAUAUACUGGAUGAAAAUCAAUUCUGGGAUAUAUUGGAUGACAAUCGUCCAGUGGUCUUCCAAAGGAGCUAACAGGGAAAUUACUGUUGGUUAGGUCCGCUCAUCUCCACCAAGAGGAUUUGAACCUAGGACCUACCAGGCGAAAAUCUAGUGAUCUACCGACUGAGAAAUUUGUACUGGUACAGCAGCUAUGAGCGGUUUAUACAAAGACUAUGUACCAUAAACGCUGAAAGACAACUGGAGCGACAUACAUGCAUCAGACAGUGGUCUGUCGCCUGUUCAACAAACCAAGCCAACGCCAGCCAAAAUAAAACGAGACGACGACGACGAAAUUCGAAGGCAAAUAAAAGGUACCUACUUAGUGUGGAGUCUGCUACAAUAGAACUCGGUCCGCUUCGAGGAUGGUGACGCAGAGCCGAGACCCGGGGUCUCCGUGGGCCGAACUAGCAUAAAGACCGACGACAGUGAUUUUUAUUUGAUGUUGAGCGUUCCAAUGGGAGAGUAAAUAUUCCACUACUGUUUGACUGUUGCUAAUUGCAAAUCUUCCCUACCCUGUCGAUAUUUCGUACAUUCUGGCUUACGCACUGUGGAUACUAAUGUCUUUUUAAAAAAGACGAGGACCGUGGUCUACUAGUUAUCGGAUCCACGUUGGUAAAUGUAGGAGAUAAAAUAUGACGUCAUAGAAAUAGUUCGACAAACAUGUAAAAUCAAAACAUUAGGCUAAAGCCAUGACAGACUAUUUGGUACAUUUCAUUGUAUAAUAUUAUGUCUUAUUUAUUAUAUUAUUAUGUCAUUCGUGGGUGGGUUCGUAUAUGUGUGGUAAAAAAAAUAAAAUAACGCAGUUGGGUGGGGAGCGGGCGGAGUUGGGGGAGUUUUCCGUUUUUACGAGAACAGGUAGUCUGUGAAACUGAUAGAAAAAUUCAGAAAUAUUUUCUUCCAAGUGAUAUAAUGUGGGGGGUAAUCCAAUUCGAUUCAAUAUAAAUGAACUAUUUUUUUCUUCUUCUUCAUCAAUAACGACAAUUAAUAAAUAAUGUAUUAUAAAAUAGAACACACUCUUUUUUUUCUUUUUUUAUUGGGGGGGGGGGGGGGGGGGGCUCAGGGGAACUAACAGAUUCCUAACAGAAAAUAACCUCCAAAAAUAACAACAUAGAAACAAAAAUAAGCCUGACUGAUUUUGUAACCCGGAUAAACGCUUACUGACACCGACGCAUGUCAAAACUCGUCAAGAUGGCGGUCUGAUAUGUAUUGUCGUCGCUGUCAGCUUUGCCUUUGUAACAGCUGACUGUCUGGGUUCGGACGUCUCGGGGGAAAUCUGGUCGCGGAAACAUGUCCGGCGAGGGCCAGGUGGUGUUGGUUAGUUUCAGAAUGGCAGGUCUCGCGUUGACGUCUCCUAUAAACAACAAUUCCGCCAAACAUGCUAACUCGUUUAUAAGCUGUGAUUCUUUGUAGUCAAGUUAUCGGGUGUUAAAGGUGCAUGUUUCCCUAAAUUAGGAGAUUUUUAUUUUUAAUAUGACAAGUUUUCAAAAAGGGAUUAAUCUAUUCGCUAAAGUUUGUUCUGUUUAACGAUACCACUAGAGCACAUUGUUUUGUUAUUAAUCAUCGGCUAUUGGAUGCCAGUCGUUUGGUAAUUUUGACCUGUAGUCUUCAGAUGACAUCUGCUACCCUCAUAUGCAAGUCACUUUUCACAAAUGCACGCGAAAAAAAUUUACCAAAUACAAAAUACCACUCGCUAUAUAUUUAAGAAUUAUUCUUGCACCGACAAACACUGGAGCAAGAAACUUAAAGUACCAUAAUUGUUUGGGGCUUUUUUCAUGUGUGAAGGAGGGGAUGCGGGGUAGCUUUUUGUUUUGUUGGUGGCGUUUGUUUUUAGGAGAGGGUGUAAUCCCACAAAAGGUAACUAGUAAAGGAACAUGUACUUUAAUAUUUGCCAUUGAAACAAUGUUAAGACAUUAUAAUUUAUCCAGGCUUUAUUUGCAGUUUCUGAAAUAAAUACGAAUCUUGUUAUUACAAACAUUUGACUAAUUCUGAUAGGGUAUUUUUGGAACUGUAGAGGUUAGGUGCAAAAAUAUAAACAGUGAUUAACAAGGUCGCUAAAUGUUGUUAAUCGUUGUUUAUAUGUUUGAACCUAACCACUACAGUUUACAAAAUUAUCCUAUCAGAAUUAGUCAAAUGUUUGUAAUAACAGUUUCCUAUCAUAUGGACGGUUGAGGUAUGCAAGGGUGUCCUUCUAGACUUUAAACGUGUAGAUAUUCUUAGAAUAGACAGGGCAAGUAUAAAUAUGCUUUUGGAUGCAAAGAUAAAAUCAUGAAUGUUUCUGCUAUUCAGAUUAUACAUGUCCAGAAUUCUGAUUAAUGAGUGGGCUUUUGUCCAAGUGGGCUUUUGUCAAGUGGGCUUUUGUCCGAGUGGUGUUUUGUCCUGGAUUCGUACUACUCAACUUCCGCUAGAGAUGUCUAGAAAAUCAUAUGGCGAGUAAAACUGAAUUUGUUGUGUUUGAUGGAUGACAUAUUACUAUGGUGGCGCAUGGAACAUCCAAAGUGCACUGUCUCAUUGAUUAUAUGUUGCACAAAUUUAAGAUGUGCACACAUGUUUCAUCAUGACAUACAUUUGGUAUGAUAUCCCUAUCGAAAGUUGGGUAGUAUAUAUGUCUGUUUUCAAGUGUCAGAAAUACACAAAACCAACAUCAUGAUUUACUGUCCUGCACACAAAUUUUGUAAAAGAUACCAAGAACGAAAUCGAAUAGAUCUGUUAUCAGUUUUGUCAAACAUAUUGUACAUUUUGCUUUAAGCGAUAUUGGCAUGACAGCUUCAAGCCCUCAAGGAAAUACUAACUCGUCGAAAGACGCCAGAAUAGUUCUACUUGAGACUCGCUGUCAUGGUACGACUCAUAUUAUUAACCGUGUCAAACUCGGGCGUGACAAUGCUGGAUGUGAUCCAGGAGCGAUAGCGUUUCGUAUUGUACGAGUAUUUCCUCAUUAACCGUCAGUUCAUGACAGCUUGUGUGACACUGCGAGUGAUCAAUAGUUACACACUGUAUGCCUAAGGCCACAUGUAAAAAAAAUAUUUAAAAAUAGGUGAGCGUCCUUUUUCCGUGGUCCUUAACCGCAUGCCCGCCGCCAUAUAACCAUAAUUAAAAUGUGAUGAAUGCGUCGUUAAUAAAAACAUUCCUUCCUUCCUUCAUCCUAUUUUCUCCAAAAAAUGUGGGAGAGAAGGAGGUUUGAAUUUUAUUUUUAUUUUUUAAUAUUGUUAAAUACAGUGGAAUAUACUGUCCAAGGCAAAAACAUCACCACAGGAAAACUUUCUUUAAAAAAACACAUUUUCAUGUUGAAAUGGUUUUAAGAUGAUGUGAUAUUUGAGUGAAGACGGUAAUUUUAAAGGAAUUUUCUUCAGUGAAGACGCUAUUUUUAAAAGAAUUUUCUUCAGUGCACAUAGUUCUUCAAAUAUGACAUUGAUUAUGGCACUGGGCCAGAAUGUAAAAAUUCACGGUAAACAAAACAAAAAUGAGUAGGGACUUUUUUGGGGGGUGGGAGGGUGAGCUCACCAACUACUGUUAUGUGGCCUAAAGACGUAUACCCCACUGUCACAUAUCCAAGUUGACAUGUACUAUGAUGUAGUCUGGCGUGUUAGACGUCGUGUUUAUAGCAUUUAUCAUCGUCGUGACGACGCCAUUUCAAGAUGGUAGUUUUAAGGGAAGGACAAAUGGGAAAUAACUACUGCUAGGGGAUCUCACUUUAGAGGUAACAAAACUUUGCAGAUAUUAAUUUUAGUUCGUGGGUUUUUGGGUGUUGAUUUUUUUUAAGAGUUACUACGGAUUUUAACUACCAAAAAUGUAGAAACUUUUUCAUCUUUGUAUCAAACAAAGUAAUUGGAGAUCCAUUGAUUCUUGUGGGAUGUGCUUUUCCAGGGUUUGUAUUUGAUUGGGGGGAGGGGGGGUCUCUCAUCUCCUCUCUUUUUUUGUUUUUCUCUUCUUUUUUUUUUUCCCUCUUUUUUCUUUUGGUCAUGCUAGGUCGAUUUUUUUUUCUUCACAAAGUAGAUUGAUUUUGAUCUAAAAUGCUGAAAAAUUAACUUCAUCGGUGCGAUAUACAGUUUUCUAAAUUAUACAAAAAUCAUUUCAGCUGUUGUCUCAAAUGGUUAUCACAUUUCUGUGUCUUUUUAAGGACCUCUACAUCCCUAAUACUACCUCUGGUGGUGUCAAUAAUAUUUACCAGUCAUUGACAUGACGAUCUUUCAAACUGAUGCCGUCCAUUUUGUCGGUGGUACAAAUGUAUCAAUGCCGUGGUACUGUCAAUACUGACGUCAUAGUAUAUCACAAUCCGCUCGUUACUAGGUUACAUGAUUUGGGAUAAUAAUUAUGUCAUACUGGGUUUAGUUUUCUUUCUUUCUCCUUGACUUUUGGAGUGUUAAUUAUUUUGCAGUAUCUGUUUAUUAUGUGGAAAUACAAACAAAAUGUGUCAUUGAACAAUGAGUACCAACAAUAAUAUUUUCUGCUUAUUUUUACUGAACUACAUGACGCUUGCUUUUUUUCCCCCUUCUUUUUUAUACAAAUUAUGUAAAAUUGGUUAGAUUUUAUUUGAAUAAAUUCAAACAGUAAGUAAUAUGGUAUUACUCCAACAACAUUUGUUUAUUUAUUAAAUAACAUUAAUUUACAAAGAAACUACAAUGACCUUUUUUUUUACAAGAUUGAAAAAUUAGUAAACUCUUUGAACAUUGGUACACUUUCAUUUUGUGUAUUCAUAUCCAGUCUUGAAAUUCCAGAUUAACACACAUUAUCGAUCAAACAUUCCAUUAUUAACAUUGUGAUUUUAAGUAUUUUCUAUUUAACUGUCUUUGUUUUCAAAUAUUACACAUGUUCAGCAAGACCAGCCAUCUUACUUUGCGGAUGUUGUAAUAUGAUUCUAAUAUUUGAAUUGUAUAUCGGUUAACUGUAAUAACAGUGCAACGCAAAUUUUUAUAUUUAUUUAAAACAGUUCCAUACUAAACUACAAAGUAUUUUGUCACAAGUGACACAUUUCAUUUGUAUUAUAUCGCAAAAUGUUGUCUUCUUUGUCUUAUAAGGUUGUAGUAUGUGCUGCCAUGUCUGUGGAGAAAGUAUAUGUGAAAAGACUUGGUGCUUGUUAUAUUUGAGAAAUCUUUCAAAUGUUAGACCAUACGCGGCACUUGCCAUGCGUUAGUCAUUCUUUUAACAAUAUGUUGUGCGUUGUAUGAACAACCAACAAUGGUUUAUUUCAUUGUCUUUUUGUCUGUUAAAUGGCACAAUCGAGGGAUUGAUUUAAUCAGUAUAUGUAGAUGUCAACAUACUUUUUUUCAUAUGAUGCUGUUAAAUUAAAAUGUUGAUAUUGG